AACUGGAAAAAACUUCAAUAUCCCAGAAAGCUCUGCUUGAGAGAGACACAGACAGAGACAGAGAGAGAUGGUGUGUGCGCGCUUGCUCUCUCCUUUAUCCCUCCAAAACCCUAAUUUCACUUCGCCAAAUCUCUCUGCUCUCAUCGAAACCGCCAAUGUCGCUCCUCUCCACCUUUCAAUACCAGUCAACCUUCCAAUUUCCAGACCCGCCGGCCCCAAUCUCGCGCAUUUCGCCUCCUCCUUCAUUCCCUCCCGCGCCGGAGCUCGGAUUCGCCGCCUCAAUUGCAAGGCGCUCAAGGACUCCGGCGAAGAGACCGAGUCGGCGCUCGACGCUUCCGGCGGCGGGGGCGGUGGGUGGCGGAGGGGCGGAGGCGGCGGCGGGGAUGACGAGGAAGUGGAGGAGCAGGGCGGGAUUCUGCCGGAUUGGUUGAAUGUCACCCCCGACGACGCGAAGACGGUCUUCGUAGCGCUUGCCAUCUCGCUGGCGUUCAGGUCGUUCGUGGCGGAGCCUAGGUACAUCCCCUCGUUGUCCAUGUAUCCUACUUUCGAUGUUGGUGAUCGGAUUGUUGCGGAGAAGGUUUCAUACUACUUUAGAAAGCCAUGUGCUAAUGACAUAGUGAUUUUCAAAAGUCCGCCAGUUCUUCAAGACGUAGGAUAUACUGAUGAUGAUGUUUUCAUCAAAAGAGUUGUUGCAAAGGCAGGUGAUGUUGUUGAGGUUCGUGCAGGAAAACUUUUUGUAAAUGGAGUUGAGGGAAACGAGGGUUUCGUUAUGGAACCACCGUCAUACACCAUGACACCUAUUCGUGUACCAGAGAACUCAGUGUUUGUAAUGGGAGAUAAUCGUAACAACAGUUAUGAUUCGCAUGUAUGGGGGCCGCUUCCGGCAAAGAACAUAAUAGGAAGAUCAAUAUUUCGCUACUGGCCACCCAAUAGAAUUGGAGGAACAGUUCUUGAAACAGGCUGCGCUGUUGACAAGCAAGAGACCAUUUCACCAUCUGAACAGAAGAUUCAGCCUGAGGCUUCCCCUCAAUGAAGGAAGAGUGUCAUUGUUUGUUUGUUUUCAAUAGUAUAAACACUUCUGUCAUUAUCUUUCUCCUUUUUCAGUAUACGAUUCUUUAGGUAAAAGUAACUUUCAUUUCUUUUCUUGUCCAUGCCUCUUGUAACUAUCAAUUGGUAGGGUUCAAACAGAGAAAAAUUGAUGUCACAAUGAGAAAAAUGGAACCGUAACAUCAGAAGUGCUAUCGUAUGUGAUCA